AUGGAGAAGCAGCGCGUUCAAGCUGCCUUCACCCUGAAAAUCGACCCUGAGCGGGUGCCUGGCUACCUGCACCUGCGUUCCGUCCGCAGGUCCCGAGUGUCUGGGAGCUGCCACCUUGUGGCUGCGAGUGUCGCCGUGCCCGUGCGGCUGUCCUGGGGCGUGUUGAGACUAUAUCCCCUACUAAUUCAUGCCAUUUGUAUUUUUAAGGUCAACAGCGUCAACAGCCUCCAACAGGAAGAGGAUGAUCUUACGGAUGGAACAAAGUCUCUGAGCGCAACGUCUGAGUUUGAGUCUCUCCCUGUUGAAAGGGAGAGUAGUCGACGAAGCGACGUUGAAGGCCCAUCACCCCUGAACGGAGACGUCCCCAGUGACUAUUUUGGAAAGACAGAGGGCAGGCGAGAGCCACCAUCCAAGAGAAGACGGCUUAUCACCACCGUGGAGCUGGGGGAGGAAGAUCAAAGACCCUUUCCCAAACUUGCUGGGGAGAUAAACCCUCAGUACAAUCUAGUGUACGUUCACUGCCCUGUCGACCGGGAGAUCACGCAGUCUUUCAAGGUUUACUUUGACGUCGUGGAUCGCUUUACAGGAAAGCUCUUGGAUAAUUCCUUGGUUUUCAACAUUAGGAUCCGAGAUGUGAAUGAUCACGCACCCCAGUUUCCUGAGAAGGAAUUCAACAUCAGUGUGAAGGAGAACCACAUGGCAGGUCAACCUAUCUUCAAGAUGUUAACAGUUGAUUUGGAUGAAGAAAAUACUCCAAACUCUCAAGUCCUUUACUUCCUUAUUUCUCAAACGCCAUCACUGAAAGAAAGCGGCUUCCAGACUGACCCGAUUAGCGGAGAAAUGCAGCUGUCAGGGUGCUUAGAUUAUAAGACUGCUCCGUGGUUUACGCUGCUUGUUGGAGCGAAGGAUUUGGGAGAACCUCCCUUGACGUCUAUGGCCACGGUUCACGUGAACGUGCAAGAAGGCAACAACCACCGGCCCACGUUCACCCGGGAGAACUACAGGAUUCAGAUUUCCGAAGGCCGCACCAGCCCGAGUGUGUGACGUCUCCCGGUCCGAGAUGGGGACUUGCCGUUCACGUCAGCCUGGAGAGUAAGAUUUCACAUACUGAAUGGCAACCAAGGGGGACAUUCUGACAUUCUGACUGACCCCGAGACCAGUGAAGGGAUUUUAAAUGUGAUCAAGCCCUUGGAUUAUGAAACGCGCCCUGCGCGAAGCCUCAUCAUCGCCGUGGAGAACGAGGAGCUGCUCUUCCCCGGCGAGGGGGCCAGGUCCAGGGGCCGGGGCGGGGAGGUGGUGGCCAGCACCACUGUGAGCGUGCGGGUGACGGACGCCAACGACCCGCCAGACUUUCACCCCCGGAGCUUUGUCGUCGGCGAGGUCGAUGGCGCCGGGCCUGGAAUUCAGCUGGGAGUUUUCAGUGCUGCAGAUCCAGACAGGGCGGCCGGCCCGGUAAGGUCAGACGAGAGGAAUGGGGGGGGGAGACUCACCAUGCAGCAAAUCGACCGAGAAUCUCCUUAUGUAAAUCACAGCUUUUACACAAUCAUCUUGCAGGCUGUUGAUGAUGGCCUCCCGCCACAGACCGGGACGGGGACCCAGAUGCUUUUCCUGUCUGACAUCAACGACAACGCCCCCGCUCUCCAUCCCCGUUCUCGAUACGUGGAGGUCGGGGAGUCUGCUGAGACCCUCCUUCUCCAGACUGAGGGUGCCGACCUGGAGCCCUAUGCCGACCCCUUUACGUUUGAAUUGGACAAUUCGUGGGAAAGAGCAGGAGACACAUGGAAGCUGGGGGGAAAUUGGGGUUUUCUAGGACACUGUGGUGCCCAGACGAUGCCUGGACUUGAGGGCCCGGAAGAUGGCAGAAACCCUGAGUCAGGUGGGAAGGGCAUCCCUUUGCCCAUGCGUCAGCUGUGGGUUCGGCUCCUGCCUCUGACUUGA